AUGCAGACUCGCUCCAAAACCCAAGCUGGCCAACCCGCACAACCACCAAAGCAGGCAGCAUAUGAACAAGCCUCCAACCCAGUCUCGCAUAAUCCACAGGAACAACGAGCGCCAGCCGAGACAACGCGCCAUCAUGGCGACUCAAUCGCAGCCAUAACCCGUACCGCCAAGUCAAACCCAUCUAGCGAUGAGGCUCGAGCCCGUCUCGGUGAACAACACAGACAGCAUGAGCGAGAAUUGCAGAGUGCACCAGACGUUGAUUUGGAAUACGGUGUUGAAGAGCAACCAUCUGAGGGAUAUAUUGCAGAUUCAGUCCACAGGAAAGGCAUGGGCAUUCAGCGGGCUCAGGCUGGUGCUCAUGCUGGUCCUGUUGGGAGCGCGGGAGGUCCUGGCCACCCUGGAUUUGGGGAACAGGGGAGCUUGACAGCCAACAUGGACCAGAAGAUGUUUGAACACGAAAGAGUACUCGGAGAGAGGGUUGGCCAUAGUCCCGCUGAGCCGGAUGGGGAGACUGCGGAGAGGGAGGCUGUUAGACAACAGAAGCUGGCACGCGAUGAGCACAUUGAUGUUGAAGGAGCUGUCAAGGAAGCGACUGGCGACCCAGUUGUAGGCCACUAG